UGUUCCCAUAAAAUUGUAGAGGCAGCGCUGCUGCUCUACGUCGAUCGUCUUGAGCUCGGCAGCGGCACCCAGCAGAGACAGCAUUUUUUCAUUAAUUAGUAAGUAGUCCGUUAUUAAUAAUUUAGUCUGUUAUUAAUAACAUUAUGGAUUCAUCAAAAACCGGAGUUUUCUGUGUUCCAGUGUUUUGCAUAAUAACUGGUGCAAGCCGAGGAAUAGGUCGUGCUAUUGCUGUACAACUUUCACAGAAAGUUGGAGAGAAAUCACAAAUGGUCAUUACAGCAAGAAAUACCCAGUGUCUAGCUGAAACCAAACGACUCAUUGAGUGUGUUUCACCGGCGGUGAGUGUCAAAAUAGUAGCUGGCGACCUAGGAAAUUCUGCCGACUUGAAAACACUAAUCGGCUCCAUCUUUAACGAUGUUGAACCAGCAGGAUUUCAACAUGCGGUUUUAGUGCACAAUGCUGGAACUCUUGGAGAUAUAUCCCAGAAAAUUUGUGAGAUAUCCGAUGCCGAGCAAUUGCAAAAAUGUAACUUCGAAAACGUCACAUCUGCUCAUCUAAUUACUGCAAGAUUCUUAACCGUUUUUACGAAUUUUCAAUGUAGAAGGCGAACUGUAGUUCAGAUAAGUUCCUUGGCAGCCGUCAAACCUUUUGCUACAUGGUCCAUGUACUGCGUGGCCAAAGCCGCUAGGGAUAUGCUUUUUGGAGUUCUUGCACAAGAAGAUACCAGUGUUAGAGUUCUUAGUUAUGCUCCAGGACCCAUCAACACAGAUAUGUUACAUAAGAUCGCAACAGAAACUGGAGAUGAUAGUGUACGUAACAUGAUGAUGAAAUUAUUCAAGGAGGGGAAUGCUGUCAAAGUGGAAGACACCGUUGCCAAAUUGCUAACUAUUUUGGAAAGGGAUGAGUUUAUAUCUGGUGCACACAUUGACUAUUAUGAUUAAUUUUUGAAUAAAACAUGGUUUAGAAUAUUACUUCUUGAUUAAGAAAAAAAUCAAUUCCUCCACGAUUUAUUAUUCCGUGGAUUUGGAGGUUCCUUAGAAAAAAAGUCUGUCCGAGUAUGUGUCUCGCUACUUUUUUUAUUAAACUUUUAGCACACCAUGCCAAUCAGUGAACCUGCUCACUUUACUAAUUGGCAAUCCCUUUAGAUCAUAAUUAUACACACAAGAUGCUAUACAUACUGUGGACCAUGGUCUCAUUAUAUGAGACUUAGGGAAUGAAAACUAAUAUGUUACUUUAUGUAACAGCAAUUAGACUCUGGGAUUGGAAGGCAAGCAUCUUAUUUGUAGUGUAAUAUAGUUUGAUUUAUAGCGCUUUAUACUGAAGUCUCAAAUCGUUAGAGGUGUGGACUAGCUUGUACAAUGUCUCGUCUGUCCACAACUGGGGCUGUAUGAACCAGUACACUGGGGUAACCCCCCAUUUAACUGGCCACAAGCUAUUCAACUUACUCUAAAAGGCGAAGUACUACAGGACACCAAACUUGGCCUUAUAAGUAAUAUUCUAAAUUAUGAUAAUGACACGGACAAUGAUGCCAUGAAUAGUUGCCAGAAAUAUGUGUAGAUAAUAUAGUCAGUGCUAGAGAAUCCAAAUUUGCAGUUAACAGGCGUAGUUUCACCUUCAACUGUUAACUCUCUAUACCUGUUGUGUGAGUGAAAAUGGUUCACUUCAGCAUGAUCUGGAUAAUUUUUAAUUUUAGUGCAAAGGACAUCUGUUAAAGCUAAACUCUACCAACGUCAAGCCCUUGGAGGUUUAUAUUGUUAUUGGUCAUGAUCCCCCUCCAUUAUAUGACCAAGGCUAUGUUCUUGGUAUUUGUUUUGAUAGUAUUUAUUGUAUUAUGUCUGCAAUAUCUUCUGCAAUUUAUUUGCAAUUUGGUCCCAAGGCUACAGAGUGAAAUAAAAAAAAUGAAAUGAAAUUCUUGGUGUUCUAUCAAUUUAAGCUAAAAAUAAUAUUAUGCUUUAUGGUUAAGAUACAAAUUAUAAAAUUAAUUUUAUUAUCAUUAGCAUUGUUAAGCCAAUUAAAAGGAGGCUUUUUUGGAUCAUCAGUUAAUUUAAUUAUUAACUAGUAGCCUAAAUAAGAUUACCACAAUUUAAAAAAACAAAUGAGGCAACAGAAAAUAAAGAAAGCAGGCAGAUCCAAAUUUAAACAUUGGUAUAGGUGUUUAAAAAAAAUUUGUAUUACAUGUCGGUUAAAACAAUGAAUGAAGAGCUAUUUUGCAUAACAGGGGGGCUUCAUCCCCCA